GAAUCGCAUCGUUUCGGUUACGGUUUGAAACUUGGGUAGUACUGAUUGUUUGGUCAAAAUUCGUCGGUAGAGGCAAAACUGGAUCGGUAGUUUCAAUUUGUUCAUCACUGGUCAUACACGAUUCUUUUACUUUCUGGUAUUUCGUAUUCGGUACUAGAACCUGAGUUUAUUAGUUCUUCUGGGUUUCUUACUUCAGUUUAAUUUGCUGUAAGGAAAAGCCAGAGAAAAUGCCACUGGGGCUAAUAAUGGGGAUAGGAAGGGCAUUUCGUCGAAAGCGAACAGCGUCCCUCGACAUUCUUUCCCCCAAACGUGCCCCGAGAAACUUUUACAAGGGGAAGAACUGCAAGCCCACUGGUUUCCACACCAGAAAAGGUGGAUAUGUUGUGGUGCAAGACAAACUACCCAACUAUGUAGUCCCUGAUUUAACUGACUUCAAGCUCAAACCAUAUAUAUCGCAGUGUCCCCAAGGGGUCGACACUGCAGAGUCAGCCAAAGGAACUAAAUAAGCACACGGGGGGCAAGUAUCUUUCCUUUAUUGUUGUAAUAGAGAAUUAAGCUAGUCAUAUUCAUAGAUUCUGUUUUAGUUUUGUUUUUGUGAUCGUAUUCAUCGUAAGGGUACAUGACUAGUGAGUCUUAACACUUC